AUGAACUCCAUCCUUACAGCCCUGCUCUGUUUCAGGCUGAGUGUGGGCCCCAGGACCCAAGCGCAGGCAGGGACCCUCCUGAAACCCACCCUCUGGGCUGAGCCAGGCUCUGUGAUGCCCUGGAGGACACUUGUGACCAUCUGGUGUCUGGGGGCCCUGGAGGCCCAGGAGUACCGCCUGCAUAAAGAGGGAGACUCCAGGACCUAGGACAAACAGAAACUGCUAGAGCCCAGGGACAAGGCCAAGUUCUCCAUGAAACACAUGACAGAUGUAUAUGCAGGAAGAUAUCACUGUGACUAUUUCAGUCCCACCAGCUGGUCAGAGCCCAGUGACCCCCUGGAGCUGGUGGUGACAGGAUCCCAGGACAAACCCAGGCUCUCAGCCCUGCCCAGCCCUGUCGUGACCUCAGGAGGGAAUGUGACCCUCCAGUGUGCCUCACGGAUGGGAUUCCACAGGUUUGUCCUGAUGAAGGAAGGAGAGCACCAGCCCUUCUGGACCCUGGUCUCCCAGGCAGCCACCCGUGGGGGGACCCAGGCCCUGUUCCCUGUGGGCCCCGUGACCCCCGGCCUCAGGUGGACAUUCAGAUGCUAUGGCUAUUACAGCAACACCCCCCAGGUGUGGUCGGACCCCAGUGAGCUGCCCCUGGAGCUGCUGGUCUCAGGUGUGUCAGGGAAGCCCUCCCUCCUGACCCAACAGGGCCCUGUCGUGACACCUGGACACAGCAUGACCCUCCAGUGUCACUCUGAUGUCAGCUACGACAGAUUCGUUCUGUCCAAGGAGGGGACACAUGAACCUUCCCAGCGGCUUGUCCGGCAGCCCCAGGCUGGGCUCUCGGGGGCAGACUUCUACCUGGGCCUGGUGAGACCCUCCCACGGGGGCCGGUACAUGUGUUAUGGUGGAAACACCGUCUCCUCUGAGUGGUCGGCCCCCAGUGACCCCCUGGACAUCCUGCUCGCAGGACAACUGCCCUACACACCCUCCCUCUCAGUGCAACCUAGACCCACGGUGGCCCCAGGAGAGAAUGUGACCCUGCUGUGUCAGUCACGGAGCCCUGUGGACACUUUCCUUCUGUCCAAGGAGGGGGCAGCCGAUCCCCCCCUGCGUCUUAGAUCACAGUACCGAGCUGGGCAGCACCGGGCUGAAUUCCCCAUGAGUCCUGUGACCUCAGCCCACAGGGGUACCUACAGGUGCUAUGGCUCUUCUAGAAUCUCCCCCUACCUGUUGUCACAGCCUAGUGACCCCCUGGAGCUCCUGGUCUCAGAAGCCACUGGCACCGUGAGCCCACCCCAAAUCAACUCAGACCCCAGCAGUGCUUCAGACCCCAGAGAUUACACGGUGGAGAAUCUGACCCGCCUGGGCGUGGCUGCCUUGAUCCUGGUGGUCCUUGGGAUUCUGCUGCUAGAGGCUCAGCACAGCCAGAGAAGGACCCCAGAUGCAGCCAGGAGCUAAACACGAGUGGGAACAAGGCCACCAUUCCAUGUGGCAGAGCUGUGGGCAUGCAUUCCAGGUGCCCAGAGAGAUCUGGAGGAAAGUCUGCAGCUCACCCUCGCUGAUCUGUCUGCUGACAACAU